CAAAAUUGUCCGAGGCCUCUUGUGUCACCCAUCUCGAAUUAACUGCCACUCUCACCCCUUUCGCUCUGUGUCCAGCUUCUUCACCGGCUGGCAACAUGUCGACUGUUGAGGAGCCUGUUGCCGAAAAGGUACCCCGACUCGAUUCACCGACACCUUCGGACAAGGAGACAGAUACCUUCGAAGACGCUAUUGAUACAGGGUCUGUCCGGUCCCUCACAAAUCGAAAAAUCAGCCAGCCAAAAUCUCCACCUUCCGCCAGCGUCGAUGCCGAAGGUGUUCCUGAUGCACUAGAAAGCCCUGCUGUGGACAUAGAAAAACCAAAUGGCCACACGGCAGUAGACGGCGCGGUUGAGAAUACGGAUGACCUAAGUGGCACCGUUGCUACGAACUCUGCAAGAACCUCAAAACGGCUUUCAAAUGUUUCUUUAGACAAUGUAGAUCUUGACGAUGGCCCUUCGCUUGGCCCUUCGAUUGAGCAGCCCAAAGAGGAACAAACUGUGCCAGAAGUAGAAAAACAGCCCAAAAAGAAACUUUCUCUUAGUAACAUAGCAGCGUCUCUUCCUGCCAUGCCGUGGUCACCCUCAAAUGGCGAGUCUCCGCCGAAAUUGAGUCCUGUUGCGCCCACCUCGGAAACAGCUGUACCACCGCCGCCGCCCCCUCCUACACGAAAAAUCACGAGUCCUUUCUCUUGGCUUUCUCGAAAUUCUGGUCACAAAGAAACUGUGAUACCACCAACCUUAGCUAGCACAGGCACUCCUAGGCGAAAUACAGGGAGCUCAAUAGCCACACUGACCAGCAACCCGGAAAUGAUGUUGAGCAAACUAGAAGAGGAACAUGAAUCAACAGAUGUGAUUGGCGGCGCUCGUCCAUCAAGAAACAGCUUAAGGGACAGGUUCAAAAUGGUGCGUUUGCGGGAAGAGGCCGGCAUCUCCUUGCAACCAGGCGAUGACGAGCAACCCCAAAGUGUUGUCGCGAACUUGAUUCCGCGAUCGAACACCGCUAUCAUGAGCCCGGGCAUAGAAGGCGAAGGGGCAAAUGCUCAAGGGCCCACAUCACCACUACCGCCCGCAGAUACCAACCUGGCUCCAGGCACUGUAUCGGGCGUUUCGGCUGGCCCAUCCGCUAUAGCUGACACUCCCGUUGACUGGGAUCUUUGGCAAUCAGUUGUCUAUGAAGGGCCCGCUGCCGUUGCUCGGACAAGCCCAGAGGAGUUGAACAGGGCGAUUGCAUCAGGGAUUCCUAGUGCCAUCCGUGGUGUUGUCUGGCAAGUCCUGGCUCAAAGCAAAAACGAAGACUUGGAGAUGGUCUACAAAGAACUGGCAUCCAGAGGAACAGAGAAAGAUAAAAACAGAAACAGCAAUAGUACAGCUGCAAGUAUUACUAGUGGUAGUAACUUGGGUACGGAGAAAGAACCCGCAGCCUCAUCUGCGUCUUCCACAAAGUCUGAACAGUCUGGGGUGAGCGGAAAACGACUACCGGGAACACCUCCAGAACCAUCAGAAGCUGCCCUGAAAGCCCAGGCUCUGGCUGCUUCAGAAAAGAAGAAGAAGGAGAAGGAGGAUGCGGCGGCACUGCAGAAGCUCGAGAAGAUCAUUCGGAGAGACCUUGGCGCUAGAACAAGCUAUUCGAAAUAUGCUGCCGCUGCUGGUCUACAAGAUGGACUUUUUGGCGUAUGCAAGGCUUAUGCGCUUUAUGAUGAAGGCGUUGGAUAUGCUCAAGGCAUGAACUUCCUCAUUAUGCCACUCCUUUUUAACAUGCCCGAGGAAGAAGCGUUUUGCCUUCUAGUACGCCUCAUGAACCAGUAUAAACUGCGAGACCUUUUCAUCCAAGAUAUGCCGGGGCUUCACAUGCACUUAUAUCAGUUUGAGCGCAUACUAGAGGACGUGGAACCUGCUCUUUAUUGCCAUUUGCACCGCCGAGGAAUCUCUCCCCACCUCUAUGCCACACAGUGGUUCCUUACCUUGUUUGCAUACAGAUUUCCCCUUCAACUAGUUCUAAGGAUAUAUGAUCUCAUCCUUUCAGAAGGUCUAUCCGCCAUCAUUCGAUUUGGCGUAGUCUUAAUGCAGAAGAACUCCUCGACGCUGCUGGGCAUGUCGGAUAUGUCACAGUUGACUACUUUUCUAAAGGAUAAACUGUUCGAUGUUUAUAUUGAUCAAUCACCAAGUGCUGGGAGUAUCCUCGAGAACGGGUUCUUUGGUAGUAGCUCGUCUAAUAUUGAGAAGGAGGUAUAUCGAGCUGAUCAACUAGUACGCGAUGCUUGCGAAAUCAAGCUUACGCCGGAGCUUCUUAAAGCUUACGGUGCGGAAUGGGAGGAAAAAACACGGCUCGAAAAGGAACGAGAGCAAGAGUUGGAGCAACUUAGGGUCGCCAAUGUGAACCUCGCCAUUAAAGUCCGAAAAUUAGAAGAACGGAUUGAGGUCAGCGACCGCGAGCAAGCGGAUAUGGCGAAUGAUCUCAUUCAUACUAAGGUCGAGAAUGAAGAACUCAAAGACAAAAAUGAAAGCCUGGUUGGUCAAGUCAAGGAGCUCCGAGUUGUAAUUGAAAAACAGCCUGAGGAGAUUGAGCAGGCUUGGCAAUUAGAGCGAGACGACCUCAUGAAGCGGAAUCAGAAAGUCCAUGAGGAGAAUAGUAGACUCGAGAAAGAACUUUCAGAGCUGGAGGAACAACUUGUUCAGACCAAGAUGUUAUACGCAGAGGCCAAUGCCCAACAUGAAGCACUCAGCAGAAAAUGGCAAGACGUCAAACGCCAGUUUGCUUGAGAACUUGCAAGUUUUAAAUCAAAGCGUCAAUGAUUGACAUAUGUUAAUCGCCCGUGAAAGCAUCAGACGGAUCCAGUCUAGCCAUCGAUAAAACUGAACUAGGCCGAAGAUGAGCGUUCCAGGCACGAGUGUUCGA